AUGUUCGAGCUGCGAAGGCAAAGUCUCAUUGCUAUUUUUUCUUCAGUUGCACGUAGUAGUAUUGCUGGUCUCCAGCAGUACUACGUGCGAGGCAAAGUCUCACUGCUAUUUUUUUCUUCAGUUUCACGUAGUAGUACUGCUGGUCUCCAGCAGUACUACGUCAAACUGAAUGACAACGAAAAGAACCGCAAACUGUUUGAGCUGCUCGACCUCCUUGAGUUCAACCAGGUGGUCAUCUUUGUGAAAACAGUUCAGCGUUGCAUGGCGCUCGCCCAGCUGCUGGUAGAACAAAACUUUUCUGCCAUUGCCAUCCAUCGGGCCAUGACCCAGGAGGAAAGAUUAUCUCGCUAUCAGCAAUUCAAAGACUUCCAGAAGCGAAUCCUUGUGGCUACAAACUUGUUUGGACGAGGGAUGGACAUUGAGAGGGUCAACAUAGUUUUCAACUAUGAUAUGCCUGAAGACUCGGACACCUACUUGCACAGGGUUGCUCGAGCUGGACGCUUCGGCACCAAGGGGUUGGCAGUGACAUUUUUCUCUGAUGAGCAGGAUGCAAAAACCUUGAAUGAAGUGCAAGACAGGUUUGACGUCAACAUCUCCGAGUUGCCUGAUAAAAUUGACAUUUCCUCCUACAUUCAAGGCCGCUAA